AUGGUUACUGGCAAUGAUGGUGUGUUGAAAUGUCCAAAGCGGGAUGGAACUGAAUUGAAAAAAGAUACGAUCGACACAUUGCCUCUCAAUGAAAUUGUGCGCGAUCUUGUGCAUAUGCUUGAUCAUUCUGAUUCAAGCCCAUCUGUGUGCUAUAGAUGUGAAACUGAUAUAGCUGAAUAUUGGUGCGAAAGCGAUUGCAAACAUUCAUUUUGCUCCAAAUGUUGGGACACCAUUCACGAGUUAGGUCAAUAUCGAAAUCAUACUCAACUCCCUAUCAGGGAGAAACCACCCAACGUAGCUAGAUGCCAGGAGCAUGAACAAGGUGAUGAUACACUUAAAUAUUGGUGCGAACAAUGUACAAAACAGGUUUGCAACAAUUGUCAACAAAUCAAGCAUAAAGAUCAUCCGUUUAUCUUAGUAACUGAUUUUAUGGAUGCUUUACAAGAGGAGUGUGAAGAUGGCUUACAAGGUGUCCAAUCGUGUUUAACCUACCGAUCAAGUCGAGUAGAAAAGAUGGUAACCGAGAUUGAAGAAGAGAAAAAAUCCAAUAAAUCAAAAGUAGUUGUAGCAAUGGAUUCGUUUCGUAAAAUUAUCGACGAACAAGAAAAGGUUUUGCUAGAUAAUAUCGACAAUACCGAACAAGAAGAGAUAAAGUCAAUUGAAGAAUAUAAGCGACAGCUUCAAGGCGAACACCAGAAUUUGAUUGAAGAAGUAUUAAAUUUUGUGGUUGUUUGUACAGACAAACAGCCAAAAAAACAAUUUGACGCAAAAUCAUCAUUUGAUGAUUAUAUAAAAAGGACUAAAACGAAAUUGUUAGAACUGAAACCAAAAACUAGGAAUGGAAAUCAUAUACCGGGCCUUCAAAAAUUACAACAGAUGAAAGAACAAAUUCGAAGCAUUAACAUGGAAAAAGUUCCAAAAUACGAAAAUGGAGAACUUCAGGACGCUAUCACUAGGAACGGAAAUAAUUCAACGCUGAAUUUGCAAUCGAUACAAUUAACCGAUAAGGAUAUGGAGAUUGUGGCUAAUUUAUUGGAAAAUAAUAGGGUAAGAAAAACAUUGCUUACUUAG